CGAAAAAUUAACAGCAGUGCAAUGUGCCACCAGCAGCAGUGAUACUCGAAACAGAUCAUCGACCUGUCAUCACCUCGCCACGCGAGUGUCUGUGCAGCAGCACUUCUGUUCCUUUGAGCUCUCAGAAUCGCACUAGCAGCCUUACAAAAACAUCCAGGGACUGCAGGCUGUAAGAUCAGAGAGAAGGAUGGGGUCACUGUUUGGCUGCCUGGCUUGGCUCCUCAUCCUAAGCUUCACCACUAGUGCGUUAAGUCUCAACCCUGAUGACCCAAAUGUCUGCAGCCACUGGGAGAGCUAUGCAGUGACUGUCCAGGAGUCCUAUGCUCACCCAUUUGACCAGAUCUAUUACACCAGAUGUACAGACAUCCUUAAUUGGUUUAAAUGCACCAGACAUAGGAUCAGCUAUAAGACAGCUUACCGGCGGGGAGUGAGGACCAUGUAUAGGCGCCGCUCACAGUGUUGCCCUGGUUACUUUGAAAGCGGAGACUUGUGUGUUCCUCUGUGCACAGAGGAGUGCGUACACGGCCGCUGCGUCUCUCCUGAUACAUGCCAAUGUGAGCCUGGGUGGGGCGGACUGGACUGCUCCAGUGCAAGCACAGCCAAUGGAACAGGCUGUGAGAGUGACUACUGGGGACCUCACUGCAGUAAUCGUUGCCAGUGCCGAAAUGCAGCUAAAUGUAACCCUAUAACAGGAGCCUGUGUUUGCACCGACGGGUACCAAGGGUGGCGAUGUGAAGAUCCCUGCGAAAAUGGCUAUUAUGGCAAGGGUUGCCAAUUGCCCUGCCAGUGUCUCAAUGGUGCAACGUGUGACCAUGAAACAGGAGAGUGCAUCUGUGCACCAGGUUACACAGGAGCUUUCUGUGGGGAGCGGUGCCCCUCCGGCAGUCAUGGACCACAGUGUGAACAGCGCUGCCCCUGUCAGAAUGGAGGAACAUGUCAUCACAUUACCGGCGACUGUUCUUGCCCUGCUGGGUGGACGGGUUCAGUGUGCGCUCAGCCCUGCCCUCUGGGCAAGUAUGGCAUCAACUGCAGCAAAGACUGUUCGUGUCGCAAUGGCGGACUGUGUGACCAUGUGACAGGAAAGUGCCAGUGUGCAGCUGGAUUCAGCGGACGCAGAUGUCAAGAGGACUGUCCUGUGGGCACCUACGGUCCACAGUGCAACCAUAGGUGUGAGUGCCAGAACGGUGCAAAGUGUCAUCACAUCAAUGGAGCAUGUCUGUGUGAAACAGGCUUUAAAGGCCCUAAUUGUCAAGAGAGAUUCUGCCCCCCGGGUCUUUAUGGCCUCAUCUGUGACAAGUAUUGCCCUUGUAAUACCACAAACACUGUCAGCUGCCAUCCACUAUCUGGUGAAUGCACAUGUUCACCAGGAUGGACAGGACUUUACUGCAAUGAGACCUGCCCUCCUGGGUUCUACGGAGAAGGAUGCUAUCUGUCUUGUAGCUGCACCAACGGAGCAGACUGUCAUCCUGUCACAGGCGUCUGUACCUGUGCCCCUGGCUUCAUG